AAAAUAAUUACCUGCCUUGAUUGUUCUGUGAGCAGAUAAAAAGUACAUAUACAGUUCAUACAAUAAUCUUAUGUAUGUAAAACCCUCUAACGAUGUCGGCGACGGGACCCAUCAGUAACUAUUACGUGGACUCCCUGAUCAGCCAUGAGAAUGAAGAUCUCCUAGCGUCCAGGUUCCCUGCCACUGGGGCUCACCCCGCAGCGGCCAGACCCACCGGCUUAGUCCCGGACUGUAGCGAUUUUCCGUCCUGUAGCUUUGCCCCUAAGCCGGCAGUGUUCACCACGUCCUGGGCUCCGGUCCAUUCCCAGUCUUCUGUCGUCUACCACCCCUACACCCACCAGCCCCACCUUGGAGCGGACACGCGGUAUAUGCGGACUUGGCUGGAGCCUCUGUCCGGGGCCGUCUCCUUCCCCAGUUUUCCAGCUGGGGGCCGCCACUACGCCCUCAAACCCGAUGCCUAUCCGGGCCGCCGGGCGGACUGUGGCCCGGGGGACGGGCGGAGUUACCCAGACUACAUGUAUGGCUCUCCCGGGGAGCUUCGGGACCGGACUCCGCAGGCUCUCCCCUCCCCGGAGUCGGACGCGCUGGCCAGCAGCAAGCACAAAGAGGAGAAGACAGAACUGGACCCGAGUAACCCAGUAGCAAAUUGGAUCCACGCUCGAUCUACAAGGAAGAAGCGAUGUCCCUACACCAAAUACCAGACACUGGAACUGGAGAAGGAAUUUCUGUUCAAUAUGUAUUUAACCAGGGACCGUCGGUACGAGGUGGCCCGGGUCCUCAACCUCACCGAGCGCCAGGUCAAAAUCUGGUUUCAAAACCGGAGGAUGAAGAUGAAAAAGAUGAACAAGGAGAAAACCGACAAGGAGCAAUCCUAAGAGCCAGCGACCCAGCGGCAGCCGAAGACGGCGGCACCGCCACCAACAAAACAACAACAACAACAAAAACCACACACAAAAAUACCCCAACCGGGGCGGGAAUGAGAUCGAGAGAGCAAGCAAUCGAGGAAGGGAGAGAGCGAGUGAGAGAGCGAGCAAAAAAAAAAAAGAAAGAAAGAAAAAAAGAAAGAAAGAAAAAAGCGAACCAUCUUUAAAAAAACACACACACACAAAACAAAACAAAAAAACAGAAAGAAAGAAAAAUGUUGUGAUUUGGGGGAAUUUCAGUGUUGAAAAUUUGGUGUUUAGAGUUAGUUCGCCUCAGCGACGAGGUGGCGGGGAGGAGGGGAGCCGCGUUCUCUCCUCCAGCUCAACGGCAUAGCUCACACACAUAACACAUAUGCACACACACACACACAUACACACACACACAAAACAUGUGAUUUUUCUUCCUCCUUUCUUCAGAGAAGCCAGUACUUGAAUCUCUAUAUCUCUAUUAUUAUUAUUAUUAUUAAUAUUAUUAUUGUUAUUAUUAUUUUAGUAUCUUAUUUGGUUCGUGUCUCUCCUCCCCGGGUCUGGGGCGCCCUGCGUGCAAGUUUUGUACGACAACCAAAAAAAAAAAAAAAAAAAAAAAAAGGAAAGAAAGAAAAGACACAAAAGAAAAAAAGAAAGAAAAAGAGAGGCCACGAAACCAGUGGUCCCGCAGCACCAGCGGCCUGGGCUUGAGCUGCAGCUGAAACUAAGCAGGGUUCCCUUCCUCUUUCCCUUUCUCCUUUCCUUCCUCCCUCUUUCCCUUCCUUCCCCCUUCCAUAGAGCCAGGGCUAGAGCCCGAGCCCGAGCCGGAGCCGAAGUCAAGGCCCGGAGCUGGCUCGCUGGCCGCCUGGGCGGCUUUGGGGGGCUUGUACAUAUUCGUGGGUUCCCUUCUAGUCACACAAAAGUCCUGUAUUGUCGUUCUGUUUGUUAUGGUAGAACAGCUCUGUGUUAAUAUAUCGAAGCCACUUAAAAAACAAGACAUCCAAACGCA